AUGAAGCAUUCUCAAAGCAACACGUUUACGAACUACUCGCUACAGUUAGUUUGCUUUCAGACGUGUCUGGAAAUGGUUCUCUUUUUUAAAUGUGAACUUGUUCAUCCUCCUUACACUAUAUAUAUGGGGGAAGAUAAGCAUGAAAAUGACGAGCUCAUACGGUGGGGCUGGCCUGAAGACAUCUGGUUUCACGUGGAUGCCUUGUCAUCUGCCCAUGUUUAUUUACGACUCAAAGAAGGCGAAUCACUUGACGAUGUUCCUGACGCAGUUAUACAAGACUGUGCUCAAUUAGUCAAGGAAAACAGUAUUCAGGGAAGCAAACUUAAUGAUGUUACUGUGGUGUACACAAAAUGGGAGAACUUGAAAAAAACUAACGAUAUGGAUGUUGGCCAAGUUGGUUUCCACAGCAAUAAAGCAGUUCGAAAAAUUGUAGUUGAAAAACGAAUCGGAGAUAUUAUCAAACGACUCAACAAGACAAAAGAGCAACGCCAACAGCUUGACUUACGUGGCGAGCGGGAAGAACGAGAUAACCGUAUGAGAAACAAAGAGAAAGCUGCACUGGCUGCGCGUAAAAAAGCUGAAGCGGAAGCUCAAAAAGCACGCUUAGCUGAAGCACAGAAACGGUCUUACGACCGAUUGUUUGUUGAGAGCAAGAUGAGAACAAACGAAGAUGGCUACGACUCAGAUGAUUUCAUGUGAACAAUAAACUUCCAGUUACUUCUCACUGCUGAAGAAUCUCUCUGCUGAUAUUUUAUUUAGUUUUAUACACAUUCAGCUAAAUGCUCGUGACCGUACAUGUAAACAAGAAAGUUUCUUUGCUUAAGGUCAUUCAUCUAUUAAAGGGUUUACAAACUGACGUAUGUUUUUCACAUGAAACUUUCUUUAGUCUUUUAUUUAUCCACUAAAGUAACUUAAUCUUUCGGAUGUGUACAGAGAGUUUUCGAAUGGUUAAUUACUCGAAAAUGUCUACGUUUAUGUAAAUGGGAUUUUCUGUAUAGAUGUCGGUAUUGGCUGGAAUUUCUUCCACCAACACACGCCUACUUAUUCCUGAAUUUAUGUAAAAUUAUAUGAGCGGUUGUACAGAAUGUUCAUAAAGUCUUUUGAAUUUAAUAUAAAUCACGGGAAGGUGAAUUACUUAUGUGAGUUAUUGCACAAAUCGAUAUAUUUGACAUCAGUUAAAUUCUUCUGCGGUUUCGUAGCAGAUAAGUGUUACCGGUAUAUGUUUACGUUAGUGCCACUGAAGUACGGAAGACCUUUUCCAGAGGAUAAGAUGUGGCCAGUGAGUGAAACUUAGAUACUCGGGCCGUACUUUCAUGUACCAGCCUCAAGGUCACAUUUAUUGCGUGAGGACUUAUGUUACUAGAUAUGAUGGAGAAGAUUUGUAGCUCAGGUGGAUGAUUUUGAUGUAGUUGUGUUCUCUGAGCUGGAUAGUUUAUUCGCGAAGCUUUCAUUGCCCUACUAGGCAACAUCUUCAGCGCAUACUUCAA